ACCGUAAUAGAAGUUUCGCAUUACCCCGCUGAUUCUUCGACGAAUCGGCGAGUCGUUGACAGUGCCGUGGGAUUUCAUGGUGUACUCUGACGGGGUGAAUGAUCAUGGUGUUUUUGAUCGUUUAUCUUGGCCUCCUGUUCCUACCAGGUUUCUGCCGUGGUCAAGACUUCGGUUAUGACGGAGAUCAAGGUCCAGCGAAUUGGAGCAAGGAGUAUCAUACGUGUAUUGGGAAACAUCAGUCCCCUAUUAACAUAGACGAGCACAAUGUCACGAACGUCAACCUGUCACCACUGAGAUUAAUCGGCAUUGACAAUCCACAUCAGUCAUACGUGACGAACACCGGUCACACGGUUACAUUGAAAACCAACGAAUCUAAAGCAGUCAUGUUGACCGGAGGACCCUUAAAGGAUAUCUACGUGUUUGAACAAUUGCAUUUUCAUUGGGGCGAAAACGAUUUCGAGGGAUCCGAAGACUUAAUCAACAAUCACUCGUUUCCGAUGGAAAUGCACGCCGUCUUUUACAAGGAAGAUUACAAAUCAUUCAAAGAAGCUCUUAAUUACAGUGAUGGUCUGGCUAUUUUAGCAUAUUUGUAUGAGGUAAGCCCUCAACCGAAUCCAACGUAUGAACCGAUUGUAAAAGUACUACCUGACAUAGAAAAGAAGGACAUGGGAAAAGUAUUGCAAGAACCUUUACUAUUGGAAAGUAUAUUGGUACCAGACAUUGCAAAAAUGCAAGACUACUUCACGUAUUCCGGCUCAUUAACUACUCCACCUUGUCUCGAGGUCGCUAAGUGGAUUGACUUUAAGGAUCAUCAACAAUUAUCACACGACCAGUUGGCUGCAUUUCGUGACAUACGCAAUUGGGAAGGUAAUAAAUUGACUCACAAUUUCCGGCCGGUGCAGCCUUUAGAGGACCGAGAAGUUCUUCAUAACAUUCCUAGUUCUCAUAAUUCUGAUGGGCAUUCGGGACAACGGAGUGUUAAAAUACCAAUUCUAUUUGUCGCAUUGGGAGCUCUUGUGGCAAUCUUUUUAUUUGCCAUAUGAAAUUCUUAAUAUGAAAUAUUCUAGUCAGAGUUUUUCAAUUGUCAUCAUAACUUUCAAAUUAAGAAAAUGACAAAUUAGGUACAUACAAAAUGUAACUACAGUUCACGUUUAUAACACUUAUGUGAGCAUCAUUGUUCAAUUUUGAUAAACAUCAAGGAUGAAAUAAUAUUGAGCAUUGUGAGCGUGAAUCGAACCGCAGCCUUGUUUAGUAAUUAUUACUAAACAAAAAAGAAUCAGAUUUAAUUUUAUAAUAUUGUUUGAAAGUUAAGAUUUAACUGAAUAAACUUGAAGCAAACUUUCAUGACUUUACAUAAUCAUAAUAAUUCAUUUAAGAUUACAAUAGAAUGUAUCUUAUGUGAUACGGUUUUUUAAAUUUGUAUAAUUUAUUUGUUAACAUUAAUACAUCGACAUAAGCAAG